AUGACGUCAACAUUAUCAGCGGAACAUCCGCAACAGUCGUUAAGUGAGAGCUGGGCUACACUGAGUGCUUCGGAUGUACACUCCGAGGAUGGAGCCCCCUCAGAGCAGACAGACGCUGGGUCUCUGAUUGACCCAAGCGGUCCAGAUGACGUGGCAAGCCUCGACGGACGGUACAGCAGUAGCGACGACAUAGAUGGGAACUCCGAGGACAGUCCUGAUAACGAAGAUUACGACUCCGAUGCUAAGAGUGACACCGCCGAGUCGCAGGGCCUGCGUCUUAUGUUUCCUCAAAUAGGAUGUUCUAUUGAAGACAGUAACCUCACUACUCAGACUGCAUUUCACCAAUCCACCGAAUCUAUCGAGUUCGUGGAGCCUGACAAAUGGCCUGAGGUUGAAAGGGUACAGCUGAAGCAUACUAUUCGGUUGAUCGAGGGCCCUGAGGUUGCUGAACUCGAAGAUAACUUUUCCACCCACCUGCAAGACUCGACGCUAAUGGCCACCGUCCAACAAACGAUAACGAAGAAAACCAUCAACACCGAUAGGCCAUUUCGUGUGCUAUAUGUUGGUAGCCCCGAGUUCCGCGGCAUCAUCCUCGACAAGCUUGGUGAUGUUCUAGUAUCGAGCACGUCUGGCGACUAUGAGAGCAGCUCGGCAGAAUCCUCAAGAUACCAUGUGGUUCCCACUUCGUUCGGCGCGGGCGCUGUUCCUAAUUUUGCGGAGCUUCUUCCAAUUCAUUACCAGCUAAUCGUGGACGAGUGCCUCGAAGCUACUUCCGAGUCUCACAUUGACAGGCCUAGGACAAUUAACUUGAAGUUCAAGAAUCGACCUGGAUGCAUGUCCCAUUGGACUGGAACCGAAUAUGGUAUAUUAUCAUCCACCGACUGGGCACUGCCCGAUAUGGCCAUGAUCUUUCUAUCCUCGCUCGACGAUCUAGCCGCUAUGGAAACCCAGAAGUUGGCGCGUAUGUUUAUGGAGAGACACGGGGUGCCGGCAAUGGUGGUCUCCGAGAAACCGCUUUGGAAAAUGCCUAGGGAAUCGAUUCCAGUCAAUCACCAUAGUCUUCACAUGUGCUUGGAAUCCCGCCAUUCAUCCACUGGGAAAACCACUGUCCUGAAGCGCUAUCCCAUCGACUUGAACACCUUCGAGAGCAUUGCACCGGGCCAGCUGAACAAGAAUUUGGCCUCAUUGACGAGCAUAUACCCCAGGAAAUAUUUGAGCUCUACCGCAGAGGCUCCCGGUAAUGUGCAGAAAGUAUCGCAGUUUGACUUCAAGAACUUCACUCGGAAGAUGCUGCCUCUGCCCUACUUGAGCAAUGAUACCGAGUUGGCAUUUGUGCUGCGUCUCGUCAUUCUCACCGUCUUAUCCACUGCAACCCUGGCGUUAGGGCAUUUAGCGGCGAAGGCCUUUGCAGUCUUGAUCUCAAGCUUCGUCACCCGGUCAGUAACCUCCAACCAGACAUCCCCCGUUCCUAGCGUUUAUACUACCAGUGUCCAUCCGACGGCGGAGUUGAAGCCAUCUUCUUUACCGGUGCUUUCUCCAAUUACCCGUGAAGUUCAAGUCUCAGGACACCAGCCCAAUGGCCUAUCUCAACUUCAGCAUUUGAUGGGCGGAACUCACAUCGAUUCGGUAAGGUCGUCCGAGGAUGAUGAAAUUCAGGUGGUCGGUGAUUGUCACCUCGUUAUAAAGCCACCAAGUAGACCGUCGGGUACCCGGAAAGCGCCCAAGUUCAACGUCCAUGUCAAUCGACGGGAUCAGCCACUUCAGUAUGAGCUCUCUAGACUGUUUGAAGGGGUAUAUUCGCUCAAGCUCGAUCGAGGCGAGGCGUACGGUUUGGUAAACGUUACCAUAAUCACCGAAUCCAGACCACCCGUCACCCAAGUUGUGUCGAUAGAUUUAGGAACGCCAUGGCUGAAGAUUGCAAACUGGAAACGUGCCGCACAUGCAAUUACAUCCGAGCUUGUUCGAGACGUUGGAACAGCACAAACAGGCUUAUCAGAAGUGUACGGCCGAAUCUCCACUGAACUCCAAGUUCUUGCUGGAGACGUGGUGAAGCGGACACAUCUUCUUCGAGAAAAGGCGAGCGUUCUCCGGCGAGACUCUCUUUCGGUAGUCAUCAAUACGGAUGCCGUGCUAUCAACGUCUAAACAACUUUCUGAAGUCUUCCAGCGGACUGCUGUGCAGCCCUUUUUCUCCGCCUCCCAGGUGCUACAAUGUCACACAAGAAAGGCGAGCAUCGAGGCUAGACAGAUGGUGAGCAGCACUUGGGGCAAAAUCUGCGCUGGCGCGCAACACCUGACCCCUGGGGCCAUGCGCGAACACUAUCACAACGCGCGGAAGUCGAAAACCUUGGACAAGGCUCAUAAGAGGGCAAGACGCUUGAUGAAAGGGACUUCAUAG